AUGGACGAGCUGACUCUCAGCAAUCUGGACACCGUAAAGAUUCACCAUGUUGUCGGCUCAAUCGAAGAAAGUAGUCGGUAGUUGGUUGGGUCUUCUGGUCAGAGCCAUCUCCGACCCAAUGGUUACCCUGACGUCACGUGCAGACGGUUGAGACCACCUAAAUGUUAGCUUAGGUGUGGAAUUUGGCGCUGGGGCACUAUUGUUCCGAGGUAAACCACCUCCUACCCCUGCUUUUUUCUAGGGUUUCCAUCCAGUGCAAUCGGUCUUAUGAUGUCCGAAUGAACUCCAUUCGUGAUCCGUUCAGCUUGCGCAACAAAACCCCACUUCAGAUCUUGCGUUCGCCCCUAUUGCAAACCAUCCAAACAGAGGUCCAGAAGGCCGCAGGCCCAGCUAUUGACUCGGCAGUCGAAACACUCGAAUCGAUGUCGUUUUCUAUUCCGAAGAACGUCCCUUCAUUCACGAGCCCAAACCGUGAAUUCGAGGAUGUGGGUUGGGCGGCUUCGAAAUCCGGUUUAUCACCUCGCACGCCAAAACGACCGGUGACUAUCGGAAAUAUUGCAGAGGGAGCUGUUGGUGGCCUGUUCGGAGCCAAUCGAGAUCUACCAUUAUACAAGGACAAACCUUAUUACCAAAGAUCGGGACGAAAUCAGAGAAAGAUGUAUCGACGAAAACGAUUCUUAGGGGGUCUCAUAGCCGUGUUUGGACUGUUCUAUUGGUUUGGAUAUUUCUCCGGUGCUGGCACAAGCAUCCUGCCGAUUAAGAAGAAAACCGAGGAAAUUGUGAACUGGGAGGAUAGGAGGGAGAAGGUUAAGGAAGCUUUUAUGUUGAGCUGGAAUGCUUAUGAAAAGCACGCUUGGGGUAAUACCAAUACUCCUCCCUCCCCGGUCACCCUUAGAAUUUACCUAUCUCUAUGCGGGAGCCGAUAAAAUUGCUUUUCUGCUUGAGCUUCUAGCCAUACCCAGUGUGUGGGUGAGCAAGCCAGUCUAACGGAGAUUAGGCCACGAUCAGUUCUUUCCUGUCACCAAAGCUGGAGGUCAGAUGAUCCCGAAGGGCAUGGGCUGGAUUAUCGUCGACGCACUGGACACUAUGAUGAUCAUGAACUUGACGAAGCCAUUAGAAAAAGCUCAACAUUGGGUGGAACACUCACUUACCUUUGAGCAGGACAGCGAAGUGAACACGUUCGAGACCACUAUUCGAAUGCUGGGCGGUCUGUUAUCCGCACACUACCUCUCCCAAGAUUUGAAACUUGUUCCUGUGAAGAAGGCUGCCGAAGAUAUGUACCUCAACAAAGCUACAGACCUUGCGGACAGGUUGCUUGGCGCCUACGAUUCUCCUUCAGGGGUCCCCUUCGCGAGCGUUAACCUGAAGUCCCGCGAGGGAGUACCCUCACACGUGGACGGGGGUGCAUCAUCAACAGCGGAAGCCGCAACGCUACAGCUAGAGAUGAAAUAUCUCUCAAAGCUGAUUGGCGAAACCAUAUAUUGGAAAAAGGCGGAGAAGGUCAUCGAAGUCCUCGAUAACAACGGGGCUGAGGAUGGCCUUGUCCCAAUCUUUGUUUAUGCCGAUUCCGGCAUUUUUCGUGGACGCGAAAUUAGAUUAGGAUCGCGGGGUGAUAGUUAUUACGGUAUGCGUCCCCCUAUUUGGGCAUUUUGUCUAGCGCUGACCAACAUCCCAGAAUACCUAAUCAAGCAAUAUCUCCAGACUGAAAAUCAGGAGCCUGUCUACUUAGAUAUGUACAAUGCUGCUAUGUCAGGUGUUAAGAAGCAUCUCAUCGCUAAAUCCCAUCCAUCACAUCUUACAUUUAUCGCCGAGCUUCCAAAUGGCAUUGGUGGUGAUUUGUCUCCCAAAAUGGAUCAUCUAGUCUGUUUCAUGCCAGGUCUCUUUGCUCUCGGCGCAACUGAAGGCCUUACAGUCGAAGAGGCCCGCAAGGCAGAAAAGGGGGUAAAGUGGGGCAUCCGACAAGAGGAAGACCUCAAACUUGCCCGUGAACUCAUGCGCACCUGCUACGAGAUGUACAACACUACGGCCACAAAGCUUGCUCCGGAGAUUGCAUGGUUUAACCUAAAGCAUGGCAAGAGCGAUGACGGAGAAUUUAUCGAAGAGGAUCCCAGCAAAGACAUCAUUGUCAAGCCCCGCGAUGCACAUAACCUCCAGAGACCGGAGACGGUUGAGAGCUUAUUCGUCAUGUGGAGGAUUACGGGUGAUGAGAUAUACCGUGAGUGGGGAUGGAAGAUCUUUGAGGCCUUUCUUGAGCACACUGCCGUCGGCGAAGAUGCAAAGGAUGGCUUUACCAGUCUUGAUAAUGUCAAUGAGAUACCGCCUAAACAGCGCAAUAACAUGGAGAGCUUCUGGCUAGUAAGUCACCCUCGCCCCACCCAAUCAUAAAUCAACCAGCUAACCCUCCAGGCCGAAACCCUGAAAUACCUCUACCUACUCUUCUCCCCGAACGAUAUCCUCCCUCUUGACGAGGUAGUUUUCAAUACAGAAGCUCACCCAUUCCCCAAAUUCGAGAUGGGCCCUCUCCUCGAAACGGGCUGGAAGCGCCUGCCAAGAGACAAGGAUGGGGCGAUCAUUAAGGAGGGGCCAAAGGAGGAGGAGGAAGUAGAGAAUCAGAAGAAAGAGAAGGAUGGGAAAUAAAACGAUGUGUACAAUUAAUUCGAUUCCGUGUGAAUAUUCAAAAGUGCAAUGGGAGGGGAGGUGAGUUGCGCUUUAUAGGGGAGGUGUAAUCGAUCGGUCUAUUAUAUUAUACUCUAUACUAUGAUGCAUUUCUUGUUAG